UGAGUACUAGAGGGGAGACACGAUGAAAGGGUUGCUUGGGUCCUUUUUCAUUCUUGUGUGUAUUACCCAAGGUGUAGUUACUGGGUCUGUGGUCUCUCAGCCUGACCAAGUGAUCAUUUCUAGUCUGGGUGAGACUGUGACGGUGAAAUGUAUGGCACAGAAAGACAGUUUUUCUAACAAGUAUAUAUUUUGGUAUCAGCAGAAAUUAGGACAGAUGCCAAGGUGUAUAUGCAUGGCACGGACAUAUUCAGAUCUCAACUAUUUUGGUGAGUUUAAAGACUCACACAUCUCAUGUCAGACAACAGAAGGAGGAUUUUAUCUGAAACUCAGAAACAGCACUUGGUCAGAUGAAGCCUCAUAUUACUGUGCCAUCGGAAACAGGUCCCACUUCAUGGAUUUUGCAGAGGGAACUUUUAUAAGAAUAAUAGACGAAACAGAGCAGAACUCCAACGUGGUGACAGUGAUCCAAUCCCCGACACAAGACCCAGUUCAUUCUGUGGACUCAGACCCUCUUCAGUGUCCAGGAGUAAGUGAGACCAGAACAGAAGAGCUCAGUUUGUACUGGUUUGGACCUGCUUCAAGAGAUUCCCAUCCAGGACUUAUCUAUGCCUACAGAAACAGCAGCAGUACUUGUGAGACUAGAUCCAUGCUGAAGUGUAUGCAUGAGCUAGCUACAAGCAAUGACAGCAAUGCUGCAACCUUCUACUGUGAUGUGAAGACAUGCGGACAGAUAUUGUUGGGGAAUGGCACAACAGUUGAAACUAAAGGUUCUGUGGCUCACAUGAUUCCUGUGUUGGGGGGGACAUUAUGCCUCUGUGUCGUCUUGGACAUUUAUCUCAUUUAUUCAUAUUACAAAAACAGAACAUGUCUGAACUGCCAAGGACGACUUUCUAAACCUGUCCGGCCAAACACACACAUGGGCAGAGAGGCCUCUGAUCAGAAAUGUGAUGAGGGUUUGAAUUAUGCAGCACUGCAUUUUUCUCAGAGAGCAACACCAGAGGGCCGACAGAGAAGAGAACCCCCUCAGCAGAGUGUGUAUUCUGAUGUCCGAGGCCCGCGAUGAUAAACACACACUUGUAUAGAAUUCACCAUUUCAUUUUUUUAC